CGGCAAUAUUCUUUAACUGGAAAGUUGGAAGAAGGAAGGGGAAAAAAAAAAAAAAAAAAAAGAGAGAUUUGUAACAAAGAGCGGAAAAAGCUUUCGACCCUCCCAGCUACUGUGGAAACGUCCGUGGCUAUUGAACAAUGGUGAUGCAUUCUGGCGUUUUUAAGAAUAAAAUGAGGGAGAAAGAUGCUCCACUACAAAAGAGUCAUUCCCCAUCUGGCCCUUUCAGGCUGAUAACUUGUGGCAACAGUGGCUUAUGGACCGCUUCAUGAUGUUACGAUGUGCUACCCUCCCAUAACGCAGUUAAACUUCUGAAUUUCAUGUUCUGUUUGCAUGCGAGGCCUUGAGGCUGGAUGGAUCCUCUACGCAAACUGUAAGAUCUCCCCAGUCAGUUCUCCACUGGAUGAUUUUCUCUCCCCGCUGUGCUCUGUGGCACAGACCUCCGACGUGAGUGAUGGUGUCAGUGUAAAACAUCAUCUCACUCUGCAGCGGCCGAGCAGAGCUCUGUCUACAGCAACUUGGAGAAACAAAUAGGAAACAGGAUUUCCCCCAACAGGUAUCUGAUUUUUCAGAAAUGAGCUGUUGUAACGGGAUGUACAGCCAAGCAAAAACCAUAAUUUACACUAAAUGCCUUCAGAAAUUACAAACAUGGCAAGUGGGACUUCCAGCUCCCUUCACUUGAGCACCAAGCUUUAGCUGGUUCCCCUUUUCUCUCAGUAUUUACUAGAAAUAACGUUCUUGUUACCGUUUUGUGCAGGGUGGAUUCUGGUAACUGCCAGACCAAGAAACCUGACCCUGUUUGUUUGCUACAAACGCUACCAGCUUUACAUGCUCUCCACCCUCUGGGAACCCAGGAGAGCUUGUGUUUGCCUCCUGCUGCAGCCUCAGGGAGAUGCCCUUUCAGGAACUCAGCUCUUCAGAUAAAAAGUCUCCCUCCUCACAUGAGAGCAUCCUUGAGUGAGAGCAUUGCAGCAUAUUUUAAAAGCUUUAUCUGUCUGGAAAUUUUCCAGAUGGUCCCUUACCCACUGAUGUCCUCCUCCUCCUCCUCUCCCCCUCCCUUCUUAAAUCUUCCCAAGCAGAUCCAUAUCAUUAAUAUUUCAGCAUCAGCUGUUCGCAGGCAUUGGCUACACUGCAGCGCACUUCAUCAACAAGAGACAGCAAGGGCUGCGAGGUUUGCCACACUGCCUUCAUCCACCGGAGGAGUAAGAGCGAAGGCAGAGACUGGCAGAGAAACCGAGCAUCCGCCGAGGGUCAGGCUGCAUAUUGCAGUCCCGGGCUUGAGGUGCUUUUUGCUGCUGUCCCUCACUCAGAUCGUCCAGGUAAUACCCUCGCAAGCAACAAGGAUGGAUGUCUUUAAGAAAGGUUUCUCUAUUGCUAAAGAAGGUGUGGUGGCUGCUGCAGAAAAGACCAAGCAGGGAGUGACAGAGGCUGCAGAGAAGACUAAAGAAGGGGUGAUGUAUGUGGGUACCAAAACCAAGGAAGGCGUAGUGCAAAGUGUGACCUCAGGUUUAUUAAAUCAAACAGAAGUUACCCGGAGAGAGGUCAUACACAGUCUGCAAGUUGCUGAGAAGACCAAAGAGCAGGCCAAUGUGGUGGGAGAAGCAGUAGUAGCCAGCGUGAACACAGUGGCAAACAAGACUGUAGAAGGAGCAGAGACCAUCGUGGCCACUACAGGAGUUGUAAAAAAGGAGGACCUGGCAGCACCGCAGCCGCCCGAGCAGCCGGGGGUGGCGGGAGAGGGGGCCCUGGCAGCAAGCACAGGCGGCGGCGGAGAGGGUGAAAAUGAAGGCAACUAAUCAACUUAGGGACUUCUAGCUCAAGAGAGAGCAUUCCAAGAGCGUACAUGGAACUAUUAGCUGACACUACAACAGGAAAAUCCCGCUCUCCAUAGACUAACUACAUUCAGCUCUGUAGUCUUUCACUUGCCUCAUAAACCAAUCGUGCAAUAUAUGUAAGCCAGACCCCUCUGAUUGUAAGUAAAGUGCAGCCGCGUACCGGGGUGCGCGUCUCCCUCCCCACCUCCCUUCUGGCUUCCUGACCCGCUCGCUUUGCGUGUUCUGGUCGGACUCACUGAGCUGUGUCUUGCGUCCAUCUGCACUGGCACUUGGGAUCUCUAGGUAUCAUGGAAAUAUUCUUUUUUUUUUUUUAACUAAUAAAAAAAGUGU